AUGCAUGCUAUUGUUUUUGUUGAUAAAUCUGAAGCCACAAGGUUAUCCACUUUUCUCUGCGCUCUUGUCGAUUCAUCUGUGAAAUUAGCGAACACGAACAUCACUGCAGUUAAUGCUCCUUCUCCAGUAGAAGAUGAGAGAUCAGCAGACAAUGCUGAUCCAGAACGAGUUGACGACAUCUUGAAGUCUCUGCCGACUUCAUCAACACUCCUAAACACUGAUGAAGCAAUUCCGCCUGAAGAUCAAAACAUCAGUCAAGAACAAGAGAUUCCGCAAUCUAUUGAAGAAAGAAUAGAUUGCCCUGCCUCAUCCAAUCAAGCUAAGGCCUCCACAUCCAAGACUGAUGAAGAGCGUCAGCAAGAGCAGAACUUUCCUGACGAAUCAGAUAUUCCAAUAGAACACGUCGAGCUUCCUCGCCCAGAAAGACCUGUUCUAUUUGAUUCGGAUGAAGAAACUGAUGAGCGCCUUACCCUCUGGAAACAUAAUCGGCCACGCAGACAUCUAUUAAGAAUCGCUGAUAAUGAAGAAAGACCAAUGGAUGUGAAUCAGCUUGCUGAUCAACGGCUUGAAAUUGACUCGCUUAAACACGAGCUCGAACGACAGCAAAUCUAUGGUGAAAAGUUUGUGAAAAAGCUCAAAGAAGUCGGAGAACAGGCAACCGCUGAUAUGGUCCAUCAUGCCGGGUUAAUCAAUGAGAUCAAGUUGAAGAUAAAGGCACAGAAAGAUUCUCUGAUCAAUCACAAGCUUGAAAUGAUUGAUACAAAGAUUGGCUUCCCCAAAAUUCAGAAGGGUCACCAGGAACUCUACACUCUCUUUCUCGAAUCAGAGAUUGAAAGGAAGACACACUAUGUUCGUCUAACUACACAGCUCGAGAAAAUAGAACUUGAGUUCCUAAAGACGUUCAUGCCAAGAACUGAGGUCCAGGAACUCGUUGCAACGACGGUACAGCCUAUAAUGGAACGACUAGCAAAGGUGGAAAGGAAACUCCAACAAACCAAAGAAUCUCCUGGCACCGCUCUCGUUCAGAAAAUGCUCACUGAUCUUCAAGAGCUACAGAGCCGAUUUCCUCCAGCUGAUGCCAAAAAGGGGGAAGAGGAUAUAUUGAGGCGUAUGCAGAAAGAAGCGGACAUGCUCCCCUCUGUUUUCAACAGGGUGGAAAACAGGGCCGAGGAAAUCACGACAAGAGUCGCCCCCACUUUCGCCUCAGUUGAAGCUAGCAGAAAGAGAGGCAGAGAAAGCUCUUCAAGUGAAUCAGAACUGAAGAAGAAGAAAACUGUCGAAUUCAUCUCAACUCUGAAGGAAAGUCAAAAGCUUGAGCAUUAUCUCAAGAGUGGACUGAUCGUAUCUCAUCUGGAAAAGUUUGAGCGACCAGAUAAAUGGAUACCAUCAAAGCUGAAUGAUUGGUGGGAACAACUCAAGGAACGCUACACCAAAUGGAUGGUGUUUGCGAAUAUUCAAGGCGAAAAGGAGCGCAGGUAUGAAGCCUGGAAGUACUUCCUGAUGAAUUUACAAGAACUAGAACCUGUUCAUCAAAUGUUGGAAGCUCAGAAGGCUUAUGGACAAAGCAUACCUGACCCUCAGAAGAAAGUAGCAGCUCCACCAAGGUUCAGGAAUGGUGUUGACAGAGAGAAGAUCAAGAAAGAAUUCAGAGCCGUCUGCAGAAUCUGGAACUUCCAUCCAGACUCUAAAGAAGCCAUAAAGAUUGUACGAAGGACAUUGCUACAGAAGAGAAGUGAGGAAAGUAAACUUAGCAGUGUUGUUGCGUUUAUUACCUUAGACUUGGUUGGGACUGUUGGGGAUGAAUCCAACAACUACGGAUAA